AUGACUCGUCGAAGCAACGCCACAGCAGAAGAGGAGCUAGUUGCGCUUCCAAGUGAAGGUAGCGACGAAGAAGAAGAGUACGAGGACUCCGAGGAUGACAGUGCGGCUCAGGAAGACGACAAAGAUGAAAGUGAGAGUGAAUCAGAAGAUGAAGAUCAAGUUACCAAAGAGGAAAUCACGAGUUCCGGAAAGCGUAAGCCCGAGAGUCUGAAUGGGCCAGUCGCCACAAAGAAAGCCAAGUCGACCAAUGGAAAAUUAAAGGAAUCCUCCGAACCCAGCGGUCAGUCCAAGAAGAAACAGUUAAGCCACGAAGAUAGUGGUGCAAGCGAUGAUGAAGUUAGUGAUUAA